ACAGUAGUGACGAAUCCCCCGGCAGCCAUUUUAGCUGUAACACCAGCGUACACUAGGAAGUGUCCGAUCUAUGUGUUGUGCUUCUGUAGGGUCAACUCUCUCAGUCAAACUAGCUUCAAAGAGCGGGGAGAGAUCAAGUGUGAGGGCUUGCUGAGACUGCCCAGUGUAUCAGGAUGGACUCUGACAUUUUGAACAUAGAGGAGAUAGUGAUGGGACGGGGAUUGCCGGAUCCACCCCCAGAAGCCCCCCCUGAAAAGCCAGCCGAACCCUACAAACCGAUCACUCUGAAUGGACCUCCAGCGUCCACUGUUCAACCCUACCAGCAUGAGAACCUGCAGUGUUUCCAGUGCUUCAUCACAUUCUGCAGUGCAAAAGCCAAGGAGAGGCAUAUGAAGAAAAGCCACAGGGAAGAGUACAAGCAACAGCUUCAGCAGGGCAACACAUUAUUCACCUGCUAUGUCUGUGAUCGUACGUUCCUGUCAUCUGAGGAACUGACACAGCACCAGCCAACACACAGCAAAGAUGACAAGCCCUUCAAAUGCGUUCACUGCAAAGAGAGCUUUAAAACCUUCUCUGAACUCACAACCCACAGAAGACAGGUGUGUCCAGAAAAACAGCUGGUAUGUAAAGAUUGCAACGAAACCUUCCGGAGUCCUGGACUGCUGCGCACUCAUCGCCUGACUCAGCAUCCACGUCCAGAUGUAGAACCUGCAGAACAGCCAGAGGUCCCUACAAAAAUCCACCGCUGUAAGAAGUGUAGCCAGAGCUUUGACACAGAGUCAGAGCUGAUAGAACACCAGGAAAAGUACCCUGAAGGUCAGCAAUGCAACGGCAGUGCUCAACCUGUCAAGAAACGUGGGCGGCCUACCAAAACCGAAGACCCUCCUGCAGGCGCUGAGAAAAAGGGAAAGCGGAAAAAAAAGGAUGAGGCAGAAGCACCUGAGGAGGAAGAGAAGGCCACCGACACAUCAGAGUCAGCAGCCUCUCCAACUGAGGAAAAGGGAAAAGCAGGUGCAGCGAAACGUGGCCGUCCAGCUAAAGCUGCACCAAAAUCAGAAACAGAAGAAACGAAGAGUCCAGAGGAUGAAAGUCAGGCCUCCACAAAGGAGAAGAAACCUAAAGUUGAUCCUGCUCCGGCCCGUCAGCACCCCUGUCCUGAGUGUGACCUCACAUUUCCUGCCUUGAUUCAUCUUCGGGCUCACAAGAAGGAGAAACACACCCCACGGAAAGCCCACCCCUGUGAAGAAUGUGAGGAGAGCUUUGCCCGUCCUGAGCAGCUGGACGCCCACAUGUCACGAGCUCACGUCGUGGGUCGCUUUGCCUGUGCAACCUGUGGGAAGAGCUUUGGUCGUGAGCGCACCUUAAAAGCUCACGAGAAAAGCCACCCAGAGGAGAAUCCUGAAAACCCAAGUGCCAAGAGAUAAUUGAGACUUGGGGACCUUGCAGAAAGUGUAUGGUUCUUGAAGAUUUUAGUCAUGAAUUGUCCUUCUUUUUUCUUUUAACAUUGGAGAUCUGGUGCUCCAGACGAUGCUUUCACAUGAGUUUGUAAUGGUUUUGACAAUGAUGUUUUAGCAAGCUUUGAAUAUAGAGAUGAGUUUUGAUCAUGAGCUGUUGAAUUUAUGGACAAACAGACACAUCUCCUGGAUUGACUAACCAAAUGUAGUUGAAUCUACCGUUAACACCUUUUGUCUCAAAGUUUCUUAUUUUAUUAUUUGUAAAAACAAAAACAAUUUUGAGUAACUUUUAAAAUAAUUUGUUUCAGUUUGAAAGUGUGAACUGUGUGGUGUGAAUUUCUUACUUUGUGUUUUAAGUUACACAGCUCAUUUUGUGGUUAAAAAAUGUUUUUUUUUAUGAUUUCUCGAAGCAGAUGGGUAAAUUCACAUUUCGACAUUUUGAAGCUAAUUAGAUAUCUAGUAGAGAUACAAUGUUUGAAUGUUUAGACAGUUUGUCAUAAGAAAACCAUAAUGUACAGCUUCUGGUUCCUAUUAUUGCUUUUUUUACAUUUUAUGUUUCUUUCUACAUUAAGUCCGAUUGACAAAGAAUUUUAGCUUAAUUCAGUUAAAGUUUAAAUUAAUUUCAGCCAAUUGCUUCAGAUCAGAUGUGGAGUGUUUGGCUUGUGUGCAGAAAUGAUCCAUUAUAAUCCUGAUUUGUCUCACAGUAAAAUUUCCUCCUUUAUUUUUUCACAUAUUAAAACAAUAUUUAAUGUCUUAGACAUUUCUUAAAUGGAACUCAUGGCUCUUUAAUGCCUACAAGUCCCAUAGGGAACUGUAUAUAUCAUGUGUUAUUCACUGAUCUGAUUGUCUUUCUCCCCAACUGCAAUGUGUCUGGACACUGCAAAAAUGUAAUAAAACAAGCUUUCCCAAGGGAGGCUGCUGAGGAAACAA